AUGCUAGACAGCAUUCCAAGCUACAGCUGUGGAGGACAGAAUAAUGUGUUAGCUGUUUUUGAAGAAACAGCUACUGAAAUCUCCAGCCAUAUUUCAAGAAUGUUGAGCAUCUACAAAAUGCCCCAGGUAGGACUUUGCUUCCUUCCUCAUUUCUAUAUCUCCACCAGUGUUGAGAAACCCCUUCACCGCUCCAGAGGUUUCUGAACUUUUUGUUAUUAUUAUUAUUAUUAUUAUUAUUAUUAUUAUUAACUACCAAACCAUCCAUGGCUGGCCAUAGCUAUGCUUGUGGGGAGUGAUGGGAGUUUUAGUUCAACAACAACCUAAGGGCCAAAUUUUCCACAUCCCUACUCUCCAGGGAACAUAAAACAGAAGUACCCAAAAAGAGAGACUAUAGAAAGAAUAUCACAUUUUAAGAAAGUGGGAACUGAUUUGGAAAGCCCUGGGUCUCUUUCUCUCACCCUCACCAGACUGGCGUAGGAAGAAUUAGUAUCAUAUUUCAACAUAGUCCCUUGUUCCCCAGGAGUUCUUCUUUCUCAGGCAGACCUGUGGCUGUCUAGAAGCUAAUUUAAGGUUAAGGGGCCUGCACUCCUGCAGACUGUGUCACUGCCUAGCUUCUGCUUCUGCCUCUCAUUCUUUGAAGUGGCCCAUUGUGAUUCUUAGAAGAGGUUGGAAUGCCAUGACCCCUGAAUGCCCCAGAUGCCCUAUUCUGCCUCAGUAUUCAUUAGAGCCACUUCCUUCUCUGUGAGCUCCAGGUUUUCCACCGGAGGCAUGAAAUACUUCCCAGAAGCAACUGGUUAGUCACUGUGAAAACAGGACGCUGGAUUAGAUGUCACAUGAUCAUUGGCCUGAUCAUGUGACAGGGCCUUUCUUUUUUAUUCCUGAAAACAAGCCACAAAUCCUUUUCUUUCUAGAUCAGUCUGGGCUCUACUGCUUAUGAUCUUAAGGGGAAAAAACAGUUUCCUUUUAUCUUCUGGAUGGCCCCAAAACAAGAAACCCAGUACAUGGGGAUUGUCAAGUUGUUGCUCCACUUCGGGUGGACAUGGGUCGGUCUCUUUGUUCCAGACAAUGACAAUGGAGAAAGGUUCCUGAGUGCUUUCACACCUCUGAUGAUCCGUAGUGGGAUCUGUGUUGCUUUCUUGGAAAAAAUGCCUUUUUUCAUUAUGGAGAUGUCAUCCUUACAUUGUAGACCAUCUGUCCUGAGGCAAGUCAAGGUGUUCAUUUACUAUGGAGACUCUGAAAAUGGAAUUUAUACAAUCACAUUCAUACAACGCAUUCAUGAAGUGAGGAAAUCUCAGGGGAUAGUUUGGAUCACAACAGAUGUUAUUGACAUUGAUGUGAUGUUGUUUGGUGAUGUGGCUUUCUUCCAGCCUGCCCAAGGUUCUUUGUCCUUGGUAAAGAAUACCAAAAAAAGGACAGAACAUGGCUACUAUCCUUGCCUUUCAUCUGAAGCUGCAACUGCAGCUGCACAGUUUUGGUCGAGAGCAUUAAAUUGUUCAUGUUCAAACAAUGUGCUAUCCGUGGAGGGUUGGACAAGAUGCACAGAAAAGGAACCACUAGAAACUUUGCCCCAGGAAGUGGUUGAGGCAAUCUGGUCUCAAGACCGCUACAACAUUUACUACAGUAUCCAACUUGUGGCCCAGGCCUUAAAUGUCGCAUAUUCAUCCAGAUCCAAAUGGAGGUUAAUGGCGGGUGGAGGAGACAGAUUGGAACGUCAAAGGUUGAAGCCAUGGCAGGUCUGUCCUCACCCCUUUUUGCCAUCUGUUUUCCAUCAUUGGAAUCCUUUACGGAGUCUAUAUAUUUUGUAGUUUAUCACAUUGUGAUUGUAUGCCCUGUCUUUAACUGAACAUCCUGAGAAUUUUUUGUUUUUGUUCAUCUUUUUUGUGGCUCUACAAUAGUUUGAAACUAAUUAAUGAACAAAAGCAUUGGGAAAUAUUCAUUCACAAAAUAGGGCAUGAUAAAUUGCUAAGGAGUGUUCUGUCACAUUGAUUAUUUAAUAUAUUUAUUUCGUAAGAUGUAUAUAUCGCUUGACUGCUCAAAAAACUUCAAAACAGUUUACAAAAAUGUUAAAACAAUAAAAUUCUAAUAAAGAAAUUUAAAACCCUAAUUUGAACCCUAUUUCUGAAACACAUACAAAGUUGAAAUCACAAUAGAAUAGAUUAUAGCAAAUUAAAAAGAAUGUAACCUUUCUAGAGUUCCAAAGUACUUUCCUGGCCAUGUCCUUAAUAUAUGUUUAUUUGACUCUUAUCCCAAGAGGAUUUAAAACCUGAUAAAGGACCUAUUAUAAUGACCCGUAAGUCACCAAAUAAAGCAGAUACGAGGUCUCUGCCUCUAUCUCCCUGAUUUAGGAUCGAUUGCUCAAAAGUGGUAAGCGGUCUGGAACCUUUCUCAAUUAUCAAAGAAAACAAGAUUACAUCCUACAAAAUAUCCAACUUCAUGAAUGGAUUUGAUGAAUCAAAUGCCCAGGAAACUUCUUGCAAUUGUUAUGCAAUUAUAUAGUGUACUGUCAUCUGCAAUGGAGUCUGCACCCAAGCCUGUAGUUCCCACACGCAACCCUGAUAUCAUGUUUUCUAAAUGCUGGUGUUUCUCUGCCAUUCUAGCUUCACCCUUUCUUAAAAGAAAUCCAGCUUUCCAAUUCAUCCAUAGGAGGGAUGUAUUUUGAUAAGAAUGGGGAGCUGACUGCCAACUUUGAUAUCAUGAACUGGGUCGUAUUUCCCAAUAGAUCUCACAGCAGAAGGAAAGUUGGGAGCAUCGAGGAACAGGCAUCCUUCGAUGUAAAGUUCACCAUUAAUUCAGAAGCCAUUGUGUGGCCAGGGAACUUCAGCAAGGUCAUUGCAUUGAUUGAUUGAUUGAUUGAUUGAUUGAUCGCAUUAAUAUUGUGUCAGGAGUCAUGCCCCCCAAGACUCUGGGGGAAUGCCUUCGCAGUUGUAAGUGAGUAGAAACUUCAAGAAGACACAGGGAGGACUCAGGACGCAGUGGAUUAAUUAGUAAAAGUUUACUGAGGCAGAAAUAAGCUUGACAGUUCAGUACCAGAUCCCUGGAAGGGCACUCUCUUAAUAAUCCAGUUGCAGUAAAAUACAACAGUAAAAAACUUAAAACGAACAACAUACUCUGAGAAAAUCAAUUCAGAAUGAGAGAGUGAAGGAACAUCAGAGAGAGUGGAAGUAAGAAUAACAUUCGACCCCAUCUCAUUUAUAGGUAGGCUGGGGGAGUUUGACCUGGAAGCACAACGAGCUCAUUCCAGCUUCAUGUCUGUUUCCAUGGAAACCUUGGAAACCUUCCUGACACACUAGAAGAUUCUGGAAAACUUCUGUUAGAUUCUAUAAGCUUCCAUGGCUUCUGUACUUCAGAAAUGCCAUUAUACCUGACAUAUCCCACCUUUAUGGAGCUCAAAACAGUAUAUAUGGUUUGCUGCCUCUUCUUUUUAUACCCACAACAACCCUGUGAAAUAGGACAGAUUGAGAGGAAGUGAAUGCUCCAAGGUCACUCAGGAAGCUUCAUGGCUGAGUGGGAAAUUGAACCUUGGUCUCCUGGGUAACCACUGCACCACUGCACCACUGCACCCUCUAACCACUGCAUCACACUGGCUCCAGUUCCCUUGUGGGAAUUGCUAAGUUCAGAUAAUUUGCCAACAGCUGCCCAUUUCAGAUUAACCCUAAAAUGGCCCUUCCCAGGGUGACCGCCACUUCCCAGAUGUCUGCACUUCCACUUCCCAGAUGUCUGCACCACUGCUCUUCCCAGAUGUCACUGCUGUUUUCCUUGCCCUCUCUGUUUUGCAUAGCAAUUCAGUUGGAGAGGGGCAAAGAGAGGAGAGGCUGUCUUUACACUUUUCCUUGUUCAUCCACUCAGAGGGGGAGAUGAAAAUUCAUCAAUGGGCCCAAAGUUGACAGUGGGGCCGUAGCUGCCAUUUGGGCUUUAACAGCUGCCCAAUAAUGCCAACUACUUAUAAAAAUACAAAAAUACAUAUCAUAGUAACAAACAGGAGCAAUAAACCCCAAACACAUUUUAAAAGGCAAUAGAGAGUUUAAUUAACCUUUUACCUUAAACAAUGUAUAAAUCCCAUUAUGGUUUUUAAAUAUGAAACUUUACAUCAGAAACAAAAUCAUGUGUCCACAGUCCAAACAAAAUUUGGAAGGGUCUCAUUCCCAUUUUAAGCUUCCUCACCUGACCUCAGUAUUCUAAAAAUGAUAUUUAUUUGAGCAUUUUUUUCAGUCAGGGCCUUCAGAUGAUGAUAAUAAUAAUAAUAAUAAUAAUAAUAAUAAUAAUAAUUUAUUAUUUAUACCCCGCCCAUCUGGCUGGGCUUCCCCAGCCACUCUGGGCGGCUUCCAAAAAAAAUUAAAAUACUAUAAUACAUCAAACAUUAAAAGCUUCCCUAAACAGGGCUGCCUUCAGAUGUCUUCUGAAAGUGUGGUAGUUGUUGUUCUCUUUGACAUCUGGUGGGAGGGCGUUCCACAGGGAAGGCGCCACUACCGAGAAGGCCCUCUGCCUGGUUCCCUGUAACUUGGCUUCUCACAAUGAGGGAACCGCCAGAAGGCCCUCGGAGCUGGACCUCAGUGUCUGGGUAGAACGAUGGGGGUGGAGACGCUCCUUCAGAUAUACUGGACCAAGGCCUUUUAGGGCUUUAAAGGUCAACACCAACACUUUGAAUUGUGCUUGGAAACGUACUGGGAGCCAAUGUAGGUCUUUCAAGACCGGUGUUAUGUGGUCUCUGUAUGAUGUCUGUAAUUUAUGUUGAUCUCCUUUUAUGUUCUUUCUCCUUGUUUUUAGGUUGUGCCUCGUUCAAGAUGCACUGAAAUCUGUCGCCCUGGAUAUGCCAGAGUAGCUAAAGAAGGGGAGCCUGUUUGCUGCUAUGAUUGUGCUCCUUGUGCAGAAGGGACCAUCUCCGUUCAGGAAGGCGGGUGACUCUAGAGGAAAGGGAGAGGCUUGCUUAAUCAGGCCAAAGGCCCAUCUAGUCUAACACCCUUUCACAAUGUUGAACCAGAUGCCUAUGAAAAGCCCACGAGCAGGACCUUAGCGCAACAGCCGUCAGUGGAAGGGGACAAACAUUUAAGCCUACAGAAGUUGGGCGCCACCCCACUCUCUGCCAAGCGUUAGCAAGAUUCUAGGGGGUUCCCUGGGCUCGCCCAGGGUUUGUGCUCCUUUUGGGAAAUGAAUACUCAGGGGAGACUGUCAUAGCUUUAAGAAAUAUGAUUUAUUCACAUAGUUACACCUUCAAUCUGCAUGUAGGGUGUCCAGAUCUUAGCACAUAAUCAAGAGGGACUUGUUCCCCAUAGCAAUGCAAAACUCGAGUGCAAGAAAUCUCUCCUAACCCUUCUUCAGCCAGUCUAGCCAAAAUGGGUCCCUUCUUCUUCUCUGCCUUAUUCUUCCCAGCACACCUUGGUAAAGACUCUCUUUUCCUGACACCUCAAAUGCACACCACAUCACCAUGGCAACCUCUGUCUUCCCAGGCCCAGGAAUUCCUCGCAGAUGGGCCUUCAACAGCUUUUAUCAUGUUAGUACCUCUAUCCCAGAUAAGGUCCUGGCUUGGAAGGAAGCAUAGGCUCUAUUUUUCCACUGGCUUACAUACUUCAGUACUCCAAAUAGUCAAAAUCCUAUCAUUUAUUAAUCUCUUAUUAUUGGUUUCCCAAUGAAUUAGAAAACAGACAGUUAUGGAUGUAAGAAUUUUGUUAGUGAUACUGAAGUCCUUCUUCUUCUCUGCAGAUGCAAAGCAUUGCACCAAAUGCCCAGAAGAACAGCAUGCAAAUCAAGCAAGAGACAAAUGUGUCCCCAAGAUUAUAACAUUCCUCACUUAUGAAGAACCGUUGGGGAUUGUCCUGGUGUCCUUUGCUCUCUUCUUGUCCUUGACCACUGGUGUUCUCCUAGGAAUCUUCAUUAAAUACAUGGAAACUCCCAUAGUCAAAGCUAACAAUCGAGACUUAUCCUAUAUCCUCCUUAUCUCCCUCCUGCUUUGCUUUUUGUCCUCCUUCCUGUUCAUCAGCCGGCCAAGCAAAGUGACCUGCCUUCUCCGACAAACAGCCUUUAGCAUCAUCUUCUCAGUUGCCGUCUCUUCUGUUUUGGCAAAAACCAUCACUGUGGUGCUGGCCUUCUUGGCCACAAAGCCAGGGAACAGGGUGAGGAGAUGGCUGGGGAAGAGUCUGGCCAACUCCAUUGUCCUUUCCUGUUCCAGUAUGCAGGUUGUCAUCUGCACCAUCUGGCUAGGAAUCUUUCCACCAUUCCCAGACUCUGACAUGCAGUCCCAAGCUAGAAAGAUCAUCCUUCUAUGCAAUGAAGGAUCUGUUGCCAUGUUUUACACUGUCCUUGGCUACAUGGGCUUCCUGGCGGCUAUCUGCUUAACGGUGGCUUUCCUAGCGAGGAAGCUGCCUGGGGCCUUCAAUGAAGCUAAGCUGAUCACCUUCAGCAUGCUGAUCUUCUGCAGUGUUUGGGUGUCCUUUGUGCCCACCUACCUGAGCACCAAGGGGAAAUACAUGGUAGCUGUGCAGGUCUUCUCUAUGUUGGCCUCCAGUGCUGGGCUUCUGGGCUGCAUCUUCCUACUGAAGUGCUACAUUAUCAUACUCAGGCCUAAUCUGAACACAAAGGCACAUCUAACUACAAAAAGUGAAGGCGGUAGUGUCUGAUUCUUAGCUUCUUUGAUGAUUCUUAGCUUCACAUAAAAUAUGUUGUUAAGGUGGACUCUACCCUGGUUUGUGUCAGGACAAUUGGAAACACAAUUGUAUUAUGAGUUGUCCUGCUUCUGCUUGCUACGGUAUUGGAUAAUGUUGGAAAAUUACAGACUUAUUGGAUCUGGAAGGACAUGAUAAUAGAUUUGGGUGGCAUUCUUAAUUAUGGUAUUACAAAGUUAAAGUAAAUAAAGGAUUCCAGAACCACAUUAUAAGAAAGUCGAUCUACGAGGUAUGGGAUAGAUACAAAAAAUUAGUUGAAAGGAAAACCCCUUGUUGGCUCUCACCCUUAGAAGCUGUUUCUGUUAAAAAAUUAAAUAUGAAAGGGAAAUGGGCCACCUAUAGGGAUUUGUUAAUGGAGACAGAAAACCAGUUAAAAUAGGGGGAAAAUGAGGGGGUGAAAGAAUUGAUGGCAGAUUGGUUAGAAUACUACCAGAUAAGUGAUAUGUUUAAGAUACAUAAAAGAAAAGGUUUUGACACAAGAUCAAAGUCUGAGGUAGAGUUGCUAGAUAAUAAUGUGAAAAUAUUAUAAAAAAUGUUCAAGCUAUGGAAUGGCAUACAAUGGAUGAAGAAGUAAAAUCUGUAAUGAUCCAAUGAACAAAAGAUUUUGGGUAUAAUAUCCAAAUGAAAGCCUGGGAAAAAUUGUGAAAAGAGGACAUAAAAUUUACUUCAUGCUGCUCAUUGAAUUUAUUUUUUUUUAAAUGAUGUAUCGUUGGUAUCUAACACCAGUUAAAAUUGCAAAGAUGUAUAAAACUUGAUUAAAAGUGCACUGGAAGUGUAAAGAAAGCAAAGGUACGUUUUACCAUAUAUGGUGGAUGUGUAGUAAGGUAAAGACUUUCUGGGAAAUGUUAUAUAAUGAAUUAAAGAAAAUAUGUAAAAAUACAUUUGUUAAAAAGCCAGAAGCCUUUCUGGUAUGUAUAAUUAGUGAGGAGAUACCUAGAGAAGAUAAACAUUUAUGUAUGCAACAACAGCAGCAAGAACUUUAUUAGCCCAGAACUGGAAACAAUAAACAAUACCAUCGAAGAAAGAUUGGCAGAUGAAACUGAUGCACUAUGCAGAGAUGGCAAAGUUAACAGGAAAGAUCUGAAACAAAGAAGAUCAAAUAUUCGAAAAAGACUGGAAGAUUUUUAUGGGAUUUAAAAGACCACUGUAAGCACUUAAAAGCACUGAUAGGAAUGAAAAAAAGCUAGUUAUGUUGGAGAAUCAGUUUAUGUGCAUUAAGAAGGAAGGAAAAAUAGUUGGCCAAUUUAGAAAGAUGGAAUUGAUGUUCGUUUUAAAUUAAGAACCCAUGGGGGGAGGGAGGGAAAUUGACAAGUUCUAAGGAACUGGGUUGGAUGAUGUAUGAAAUGUAAAAAUAUGUUAAAUCUGAAAAAACAAUAAAAAUAUUAUAUAUAUAAAAAGAAGGAAACACUAUUAAGUCAUAGAAUCAUAGAUGACCCAAGAGUGUUUGUAAUUGUCUUGCCGUAAACAUCUCCAUCAUCUGCACUUCCCAAACAACCGGUUUUAGCAACGAGGUAGUAGAAAUAAUAAACCUAUGAGUUCAGAUUGGAAAUUUUCAGAAGUGGUCAAAUCACAUCUUUCUUUUUUAUAUUAUUUUUUUAAUUAGUUUCCUGAAUUUUAACAAAUCAGUCCAAAUUAUUUAAAUUUAAUACACUUUGCCUGCUAAUGUUAUUAAUUAUUUGCAAUUGUCCUUCAAAUAAGAAGACUUGCAAUGUUUAUGAUUGAUACCUUUUUAUAUUUAUUUAAAAUGUAAAAAUUGAAAUGGAUGAAAUAUAAGGAGGAAGAGGUACAAAUGUGGUGAAAUAGAUAGGAAUUAUGGUAACCACAAGGUGGGAGUGAGGGAAGUCAAGCAGCUCAUAUCAGCAAAAACUUAAUGUGAGUAAUAUAGAUGUGUUUAUAUAUAAUGAAAUGGAAACUUAAUAAAAUAUUAUUUUUAAAAAAUUAAUACACUUUUUUUAAAAUAAAAAAGGUUUCCCGCUCCUUUCACAAACAUAUGUUGAUUGCUUUCUGAUGCUGCCACAUUCAUUCUUCUUCUUUAAUCACCUCCUUAUUCUUCUGUUAGUCUUAAUCCAUUUUUGUAGCUAGCCUUCUUGUUUUCUUACAAACAGCAGCAUUUUUAUUUUCCAAACACAUUGAAUAGCCAUUUUGCAUGUUGAGCCUUUCCAGCAGUCUGUUCGCAGACCUAGAGUGGAGAGAGAUUAAUUGCCAUCUUUCUCAGUCCAUGCCAUUCCUAUGGAAACAUCCCUUCUGUUGUCCAAGGACGUGCUGAGUUAUAAAUAACUUCCGAGAAGAUGCCUGCUCCGCCAUUAAAAUUCUGGGGGUUAUUUUCCGCAGCUCGCAAUUAAAGAUCAGAAUCACAUUUAUAAACUCCUGGCAAGUAUAAUUAAGAGUCCUUGGCAAAUUGAUUCUCUUCUCCACUUCUUUCUUCAUACAGCUCAAAGAAAAUUAAUAUAAGAUCCAUUCAACUUCAGUCAAGAGGCGAGGGUAUAAAAAACAUUGUAAACCCCUUUAUUGAGUAUAAAUCAUUGGCUUCUCUCUCUUCCUCUAUAACAGAUAACAUCUAAACAUCUAAACAUGAUUCUUUCAUUUUGCGGUGAAGGUCAAAAGAGAAAAAGACCUUUUAGGAGGUUUAGGAGACCUUUCAGAACAAGUAUUGCCUUGCCUCCCCUUCCAUUCUGGCUAUUGUAAGUCUCUUCGCGCUAGUUGAAAAUCAUUAAAAUACCUUCAUGGCUCAAGCCAAGUCCAUUCAGCAGCUGAUUAGUUGCAGCCCUUUAUCAUAUGCCAUUUCAAGAGCGCCCCAUAAUUUAUGCCAAUAUUCCAAAUUGUACCUAAAAGAAUGCAUCUCUAGACCCAAUUUUGUUUCACAAACUUCUUUUUGGAAGUAAAGCUUUUCUUGUUUGAUCAAGAAAGAUAUUAUGAGAAAGGUCUUGAAAUAGAUAAAGAAAGAAUUAUAAUUUCUGAAGAAGAGAGAAGUCUAUAAUUUUUUGACAGAGGCCCUUAAAAAGAAAAAACUAUCCGCUUUAGAUAGGGAUGGGGGAGUCUUCUUCACCUAUAAAGGCAAAAAGAGGGCCAAUGAGGGCACAUGGCUUUGUAAGAAGAUACAAAAAAGACUUUGGUGAAGUUUUGGGAUCUAGGCAGGAAGAAGUGGGAGUGGUGAAGGAAGAAGAGGGCAGACAGUAAAGGGGGGAGUAGAAGGGUAAAUAAGAUAUAACUGAAAAUGGAUCUUAGAAUUCUUUCAUGGAAUGUAAAUGGACUAAACAAUAAAACGAAAAGGAAUAAAGUAGCACAUAUUUUGAUAGGACAGAAAUUAGACAUUUGCUUGCAGGAGACACAUAUAAAAGGCAACAUAGAAAAUCAUUAAUAAAAAUCUGGGGCAAAAAUUCAUCUCUUCAGAUUAAAAAAAGAGGGGUAGUGAUGUAUGUCAAUCCCAAAUUAGUCCCCAUAUUUUUAUUUAAAGAUGAAGAAGGUAGAAUAGUGGUGACCAAAAUGAGUCUAGAGGAGGAACAAAUAAUUUUAGUAGGAAUUUAUGCCCCUAAUGAAAGAAAAGCAGACUUCUUUAAAACAUUGGAAGAGAAACUGUUUGGCAUAUGUGAUAAUAGAAUAAUAGUGAUGGGGGAUCUCAAUGGACUGGUUUCCCUGGAUGUAGAUAGAACUAUAAGGAAAUUAGAGAAUGGGAAACUUACAGGGAAUUGCUAUAUUUUACAGAGGGAGAACCAAAACUGAAAUCAAUAGAAAUGUAAGGAGCCACGUUACAGAUUGAUAACAAUAUCAUCAAUUACACAAAAAGUUUAAAAUUGACAGGGGAAAUGAUUUUUUUCUGACCAAAGCUCACGAUUUGAAAAAGAACUUUUAUAAAAUAAAAUGUACAAUUUGUUAUUAAAGUGGGAAACAAAAGACGAGCUUGUUAAAGCUUCUAUGGUAAAGGUAAAGGACUCCUGGACAGUUAAGUCCAGUCAAAGGCAACUCUGGGGUUGUGGCGCUCAUCUCGCUUUCAGGCCGAGGGAGCCGGCAUUUGUCCACAUAUAUCUUUCCGGGUCAUGUGGCCAGCAUAACUAAACCUCUUCUGGUGCAAUGGAACACUGUGACAGAAACCAGAGUGCACAGAAAGAUGGUUUACCUUCCUGCCACAGCAGUACCUAUUUAUACUUGCACUGGCGUGCUUUUUUUUUUUUUUAAAUGAUAUUUAUUAAGAUUUCAAAGAAAAGAAUUACAUAAAUAGAGAAAAAGAGAAAAAACAAGAAAAAAACAAAAACAAAAGACAAAAGUAAAAAUAUAAGAAAAAUACAAAAUACAGAAAAAAAGAAUAAAAAACACUUUAAAAAUACAUCAAUCUUUCCAUGCCUUACAUUCAUUUCCUUGCUUCCCUGACCUCCUCGUACCUCCCUUUUUUGUAUUCCAAUUCAAUUAGUUAAUUCAGCAAUUUCUUUCCCUCUUUAUUUUCUCUUAAUCCUUUAACUUAAUAUACUAUAACUUUGGAUUUUCACCUAUUAACAGUCCAUUUUUACAUACACCUUUAUAGCAUUGCUGCUUAAACCACUUAACUUCAUUCUAACAUCAUUCUAACAUUCAUUAAUUUUGCAAUAUUUCUGUAGAUAGUCUUUGAAUUUCUUCCAAUCUUGUUCUACCGACUUUUCUCCCUGGUCUUGGAUUCUGCCAGUCAUUUCCGCCAAUUCCAUGUAGUCCAUCACUUUCAUCUGCCAUUAGCGUGCUUUUGAAUUGCUAGGUUGGCAGGAGCUGGGACAGAGCAACGGGAGCUCACUCCGUCACCAGGAUUCGAACCACGGACCUUCUGAUCAGCAACCCCAAGAGGCUCAGUGAUUUAGACCACAGCACCACCCGCUUCUAUGACACAAGGGGCAAUAGAUAUAGGACAUAAUAUAGAUCUGAAUCUCUGUGAAAAACUUUGGAAGAGUGAUUUGAAGUUCACAGCAUUUAAUUCUUUGAAGGAGAACUAUAUGAAAAUGAUCUGCAGAUGGUAUUUAACUUGCCAAAAUGUAUGCCAGUCUGAAUCAAAUAAGUGCUGGAGAUGCAAUGAGGCUGAGAGUACGUUUUAUCAUAUGUGGUGGACUUGUAAAAGGAUAAAAGAAUAUUGAGAAAUAAUUUAUAAGCAACGGAAGGCUGUGCCGAGCAAGAAAGGGACGUCACUUCCAGCCGCGGCAGCAUCACCCUGAAGUGGAGAACGGGGUCCUUGAUGCUGCAGCGACAGCAUACAAACUUAACUAGCAAAUAAACGAAGAACUUAAAGGCUCCUGGCUUUUGUUUCAGGGCCCCUACUUGUGAUCGUCCAGAGGCUUCGAUGGAGCCAGAAACAGGACAGAGCCACAUAACCUGCCCAACCCAGAGACUGGAAAGAAAAGAGCAAACCACUCGGGUCUCACCAAGCUCCCGUCCCCUCGUCCUAAGGCAGAAAUAUCUGGCGGCGUCGGAGAGAGGGAGGAAAAGAAGGCAUAGAAGUUAAAAGGUCGAAGCUGGCAGCAGAGCAAAACAAGGGAGAUCGCAAGAAGGCUGUGCCAAGCAGACAAGGGAUGCCACUGCCACUCCCCUGCGCUGGGUCCCUCUGCCGCUGCAGCCGCCGCAGCCGCCGUGCUGAACGAGGGAAGGCCAUACCGACAAAGCGGAAGUGCACCCCCAAACGGAGUACGUUCACAAUCCAAAAAAUAUAUGCAAACCGGAACACGCAUUUCCAGGUUUGAAGUGUUCGUAAUCCAAAAACUGUGUUAACUAGGUUGUUCAUAACCCAAGGCACCACUGUAUAUCUCACAUAUAUAUUUAAAACAACAGGUUUUUACAAUAAUCCUGCCAAUGUCUUGAUCUGUGUACAGUUUGUAUCAGAUCUAGGACUCCUCUAGUGCAGCUACAUUCUCUAACAGCAGCCAACCAGCUGCCACAGUGGGAAGCCACAAGCAGGACUGCAGGUUUAAAACUGCAAGUUUUUACAAUAAUCCUGCCAAUGUCUUGAUCUGUUUACAGUUUGUAUCAGAUCUAGGACUCCUCUACUGCAGCUACCUUCUUUCACAGCAGCCAGGCAGAUGUCCCCGGGUGUUGCAUGAUGGCCUAGGACACCAAGAUUGAAGUUCCACUUGGUACAAACUUCUAGCUUUAUUGUUGGGGGGGGGGGGGAACUUUUUGCAAUCCGUAUAAUCCAUACAGGAGUUUAUAAACAUUAGUCAUGUCCUGCCUUGUUCGUCUUUAUCAAUAAUAACUGUUCUAUAAUUUCCUGAACUUUACUGAAGUUGAUGUCCCCUCAGGUUUAACAGGGCCCAGAAUGACAGCCCCAUCUGUGAGUUCUAACUAACAUGCUUUGCUCUCGCUCUGCAGCUGCACGUUGAGUCAUACACAGAUGCCAGGGAGGUGGACCUUCUUAACCUUAUAAUUAUCAAAAUCAUGAUGAUUUAUUUAUCUAGUCCAGAGAUUUGCCCAGCGAUGGUCUUUGAGUCCAAAAAUAACAUAAACAUCGUAAUCAUAGUCAGGAUGAGCUAACAUAUUGCCAUAAACCUGCUGUACAAAAAGAAGUGUGUUAUAAAUAUCUGAAGCGUGGACUGAGAGAUUUGGGGCAGGCAGGGAUCCUUUCUGUGGGAGUUUUCCUUUUUGUACCUUUGCUUGAAGCUACUGUAUGAGUCCAGCUGCGCUCCUAAUGUCACUGCUGUCAGAAGAGUGUGUGACUCUUGCAGGCAUAGCCAGGAUGGUAUUAGUGCUGCUGUUAUUUCUGCUGCUUAUUCCCCAUGGAGUCAGUGCGAUGCUGAAAGCAAAAUGUCCAUUAAAUAUGGAAAAGGAUCACGAUCCAUCGAAUUAUUUCAGGCCAGGAGACCACCUUAUUGGUGGAGUCAUAAAUCAAGGACGAGUUCAUAUUUAUCCACCUGACUUUUCCCAGGGCCCCAGAAACCAUGUUAUGAGGUAAGUGAUUUAUGUUACCCACCUUGCGUUCGCAAUCACUGCUAUUUGCCAGACAGCAACUGAUUUCUGGCAAUCCCUGAUAAACCCUCCUUUGCCCAUCUAUUGACUUAAAAAGAAGGUUUGGGGAUUUAAAUUCACACUGACUCCUUUGUAUUUUGCAAACAGGGAGGUUAAUUCUGAACCCUUUCCCUUUUGGGGCUUCAGUUUUGGGGUUUAGAAAUCUCGGUUUGAUGUAUCAAUUACUCGGUUCGUGGGGUGAUUCCAAAUGUAGGAUUUUCACUGCAAACCUUUGCAAACUGACUGCAAAAUUUAGCACCGGUUUCGAGGGAAUCCCAGAUUUUAGGGUUCAUAGUUACUUAAGCUAAAUACUCAUAACUUCUGCAGAGUUACUAGGCAGCAUUCCCAGCUUGAGGAAGCAUUGUUGAGGUGUAAAACUCUCACAAUCUGCUGGGACAGAAUGCAAGAAUUUGGGAGCCAUGCCCAGUGAUGCAUUCUGGGGAAGAGCAGUGCAUCAAGAUAAGAGAGGGGACUGACUCCAACCCCGAAGAGGUUUGAAAUCUUCAGUCAGGGAAUUCCUGCAGGGAGAGAAAGAGAAUAACUUGCAAGCAACUGAGAUUUCUCUGCCUCUCCUUAAAAGCUAAGUAAGUGGGCAGGGGAUAUUGUUGGAACAACUUAACAAGUCCUGUUGAGUUUUGGAACAAGUGCUACUCAUCAUGAACUCCUGGAUCUUGACCUUGUUCUCAGCUGUGAUUUAAUGUUGCUACUGUUGGAACGUGGGUGGCGCUGUGGUCUAAACCACUGAGCCUUGGGCUUACAGAUCAAAAGGUUGGUGGUUCGAAUCCACGCGAUGGGAUGAGCUCCCGUUGCUCUGUCCCAGCUCCUGCCAACCUAGCAGUUCGAAAGCACCCAAAAAAGUGCAAGUAGAUAAAUAGGUACUGCUCCAGCGGGAAGGUAAAGGCGUUUCCGUGCGCUGCUCUGGUUCGCCAGAAGCAGCUUAGUCAUGCUGGCCACAUGAACCGGAAAAACUGUCUGCGGACAAACGCUGGCUCCCUUGGCCUGUAAAGUGAGAUGAGCACCGCAACCCCAGAGUCGUUCACGACUGGACUUAACUGUCAGGGGUCCCUUUACCUUUACUGUUGGAAAAGAGCAAACACAUUUCCUUCUUCUGCGCUUCUAGUUAAUGCAUGGGCUACGUGAAACCACACAAGGCCACAGCUUGUCUAGCAACCUAGCCAGGGGUUGUUUGUAGCCACUAUUCUAGAUUCAGGUAGAUAGCUGUGUUGGUCUGACACAGUCAAAAUUUAAAAAAUUGUCCAGUAGCACCUUAUAGACAAACUAAGUUUGUUCUGGAUAUAAGCUUUUGUGUGCAUGCACACUUCUUCAGAUACCACUAUGUUUAUCUUAACUCGGCCCACCAAUCUCAGAGAUUUGGAUUCCUGUCCUCUGCGGACAAAAUGUCUGCUAUUUCUCUCUUUUGUUCCUUCUCAUCCUGUAAAUAGUUCCUGUCAAGUCUCUGAGCUCCAGAAACUGUAAGUUAUCAUUCCAAUCAAAUUCACCCAAGCUGCAAGCUCGCCUCAAAAAAUAUUCAUUUCCUUGUUGGAGCACCUGGACAAGAUUGUACUCCUUCAAAGCUUGGCCCAUUAGAUAUAAGACUAGUAGAUUCUUCUUAGGUUCUUAUAGAACAAAAAGUAUGACAUGUUGUCUUCAUUAAAUGGUAAGGAGACAGCUGAAACAAAUGUUUAUUUAUUUAUUCAUUUUUUUAUUCAUUUUUAUUCAUUUAUUCAUUGUUUAUUCAUUUGCAGUUUAACAUCAGAGAACCCCUCUCCCACUCUGUCCCCCUUAUUUGCCAUCCAAGAGAUCAACCAGAAUCCUAAGCUUUUACCCAAUGUCACCCUCGGCUACAGCAUCUAUGAGGCCGCUUUUGAUGUCAGAACAACAGCUGAUGCUCUGCUAGACAGCAUUUCAAGCCACAGCUGUGGAAGACAGAGUAAUGUUAUAGCAGUUUUUGAAGCAACUACUUCUGAAAUUGCCAGCCAGAUUUCAAGCAUGUUAGGCAUCUACAAAAUGCCCCAGGUAGGACUUUGGAGGGGAUUGGAGACCAGCUAUGUUUUCUUCCUCUUUUCUAUAUCUCCACCAGUGUUGAGAAACCCCUCCACCCCUCCAGAGGUUUCUGAACUACAAAGCCAACCAUUCCUGGCCAUUCGCCAUGCUUGUGGGGACUGAUGGGAGUUGUAGUUCAGCAACAUCCUGAGGACCAAAUUUUCCCCAUCCCUGAUCUCCAGGGAACAGAAAUAACAAGCACCCAAAAAGACAGAUCAUAGAAAGAAUGUCACAUUUUAAGAAAGUGGGAGCUGAUUUGGAAAGCCCUGAGUCUCUUUCUCUCACCUCAUCAGACUGGGUAGGAAAAACUAGUAUCAUAGUUCAACAUACAGUGGUACCUCAGGUUAAGAACUUAAUUCAUUCUGGAGGUCUGUUCUUAACCUGAAACUGUUCUUAACCUGAAGCACCACUUUAGCUACCACUCCUGCUGCCGCCGCACGAUUUCUGUUCUCAUCCUGAAGCAAAGUUCUUAACCCGAGGUACUAUUUCUGGGUUAGCGGAGUCUGUAACCUGAAGCUUAUGUAACCCGAGGUACCACUGUAGCCCUUGCUCCCCAGGAAUUUUUUUUCACAGGCAGACCAGUGGCUGUCCAGAAACUAACUGAGCAUGGAGGUUAAGGGGCCUGCAGUCCUGCAGACUGUGUGGCUGUUUAGCCUGUGCCUCUCAUUCUUUGAAGUGGCCCAUUGUGAUUCUAAGAAGAGGUUGGAAUGCCAUGACCCCUGAAAGCCCCAGAUGCCCUAUUCUGCCUCAAUAUUCAUUGGAGCCACUUCCUUCUCUGUGAGCUCCAGAUUCUCCACCAGAGGCAUGAAAUGCUUCCCAGAAGCAACUGGUUAGCCACUGUGAGAACAGGAUGCUGGAUUAGAUGUCACAUGAGCAUUGGCCUGAUCAUGUGACAGGGCCCUUAUUUUGUAUUCCUUAUUUUGUAUUGCCCUGCUCUGCCGCAGUGUCCAUUAGAGCCACUUCCUUCUCUGUAAGCUCCAGGUCUUCUUCUGAACAGGAUUCCAUCAAAGGCAUUGCAUACAUCCAGAAGCAUCUGGUUAGCUACUGUGAGAAGAUGGGCCUUUGGCCUGAUCAUGCGGCGGGGCCUUGCUUGUGUAUUCCUGAAAACUUGACACCAAUCCUUUUCUUACUAGAUCAGUUUUGGCUCGGCUGCUCAGGAUCUGAAUGAGAAAACCCAUUUCCCUUUUGUCUACCGGAUAGCCCCCAAAGAAGAAACCCAGUACAUGGGGAUCGUCAAGUUGCUGCUCCAUUUUAGGUGGACAUGGGUUGGUCUCUUUGUUCCAGACAAUGACAAUGGAGAAAAGUUCCUGAGUGUUUUCACACCUCUGCUGAUUCGCAGUGGGAUUUGUGUGGCUUUCUUGGAAAAAAUCCCUUUUUUCAUUGUGGAGAUGUCAUCCUUACAUUGUAAACCUUCUGUCCUGAAACAAGUCAAGGUGUUCAUUUACUAUGGAGACUCUGAAUAUGGAGUUUAUGUGAUCAUCUACUUACAAAACAUUCAUGAAUUGAGGAAAUCUCAGGGGAUAGUCUGGAUCACAACAGACAUUCCGAGUGUUGAUGAGACAUUGUUUGGUGAUGUGGCUUCCUUCCAGCCUGCCCAUGGUUCUCUAUCCUUUAUCAUGAAUACCAAGAAAAGGACAGAACAUGGCUACAAUACUCGACUGUCUUCUGAACCUAAAGUUACAGUUGCACAGGUUUGGCAGAGAGCAUUCAAUUGUUCAUGUUCAAAUGACGUGUUGUCUAUGGAGGGUUGGACAAGAUGCACAGAAAAGGAACAGCUGGAAACUUUGCCCCAGAAAGCGGUUGAGGGAAUCUGGUCUCAAGAUCGUUACAGCAUUUACUACGGUGUCCAACUUGUGGCCCAAGCCUUAAAUGUUGCAUAUUCAUCCAGAUCAAAAUGGAUGCUAAUGGCGAGUGGAGGAGACAGAUUUGAACUGCAAAGGCUGCAGCCAUGGCAGGUCUGUCCUCUCCCCUUUUUGCCAUCUGUUUUCUGUCAUUGGAAUUCUUUUUGGAGUCUGUAUCUUUUGUAGUUUAUCUCAUUGUGGUUGUAUGUCCUGUCCUUCACAAAAUAGAGUAUAAUAAAUUGUUAAGGAGCAUUCUCUCACAUUGAUUAUUUAAUAUAAUUAUUUCAUAAAAUGUAUAUAUCGCCUGACUGCUGAAAAAACCUCAAAAUAGUUUACAAAAAAAGUUAAAGCAAUAAAAUUCUCACAAAGAAAUGUAAUACCCUAAUUUGAAAGAUAUAGAAAGUUGAAAUCACAAUUGUUGUUGUUUAGUCGUUUAGUCAUGUCCGACUCUUUGUGACCCCAUGGACCAGAGCAUGCCAGGCCCUCCUGUCUUUGUACAAAAUGUUCCUUUCAUAUCUCCAAUUUCCUUGAACAGAUCUCUGCUUUUUCCCAUUCUAUUGUUUUCCUCUAUUUCUUUGCAUUGCUUGUUUAAGAAGGCCCUCUUGUCUCUCCUUGCUAUUUUCCGGAAAUCUGCAUUCAAUUUCCUGUAUCUUUCACUACCUCCCUCGCAUUUUGCUUGCCUUCUCUCCCCCACUAUUUGUAAGGCCUCACUAUUUGUAAGAAAUCACAAUAGGAUAGAUUAAGGCAGAUCAAAAUGCAAGCUUUCUAGAGUUCCAAUGUGUUUUCCCGGCCAUGUCCUCAACAUACAGUUUGUUUAUUUCAGUCUUAUCCCCAAGAGGAUUAAAAACCUCAUAAAGGACCUGUUAUAAUGACCCAAAUGUCAUCAAACAUGGCUGAUAGGAGUUCAGUUCAAAUUGGUAUGAUGUCUGGAACAUUUCUCAAUUAUCAAAGAAAAACAAGACCAUGUCCUACAAAAUAUUUUACUUCGGAAAAGGAUUUAAUAAAUCAAAUGCCUAGGAAACAUCCUGCAAUUGUUUUGCAAUUAUAUAUUUUACUAUCAUCUUACCUUUCCCGCCCCGACCUGGCCACAGUGAUCCAUGCGACGGUCAUCUCCAGGCUUGACUACUGUAAUUCGCUCUACGCGGGGCUGCCCUUGAAGCUGUCACAGAAACUCCAGCGGGUGCAGAAUGCUGCAGCGAGGCUCCUCACGGGGUCUCUGCCAUGGGAGCAAAUUCACCCAGUGUUUUUCCAGCUGCACUGGCUCCCGGUGGAGUACAGGGUCAGAUUUAAGGUGCUGCUUUUGACCUUUAAAGCCCUUCACGCCCUAGGACCCUCGUACCUACAGGACCGCCUCUCCCAGUAUGCUCCACGGAGAGCCUCAAGGUCCAUAAAUAGCAACACCCUUGUGGUCCCGGGCCCUAAGGAAGUUAGAUUGGCUUCAACCAGAGCCAGGGCCUUUUCAACUCUGGCUCCGGUCUGGUGGAACGCUCUGCCUCAUAAGACCAGGGCCCUGCAGGAUCUGAUUUCUUUCCGCAGGGCCUGUAAGACAGAGUUGUUCCGCCUGGCCUUUGGCUUGGAGCCAAUUUGAUUCCCCCCUCUCUUUCUUUUUUCUUUUCCUUUUCCUUCUGCGAUGAGGCUACAUUUUAAUAUUUUAAUAUUUCAAUAUUUUAAUGUUGUAUUUUUUAAUUUUGUUUUUAAGUUGUAAUCAUUUAACUUGUUUUUAUUAUUGCUUGUAAGCCGCUCUGAGCCCGGCCUUGGCUGGGGAGGGCAGGGUAUAAAUAAAAAUUAUUAUUAUUAUUAUUAUUAUUAUUAUUAUUAUUAUUAUUAUCAUCUACAAUGGAGUUUGCACACAAGCCUGCAGUUCUCACAUUAUAUCAUGUUUUCUAAAUGCUGGUGUUUUCUCUCUCAUUCCAGCUUCACACUUUCUUAAAAGAAAUCCAGCUUUCUAAUGCAUCCAUAGGAGGGAUGUAUUUUGAUAAGAAAGGGGAGCUGACUGCCAACUUUGAUAUCAUGAACUCAGUCGUGUUUCGCAAUGGAUCUAACAGCAGAAUGAAAGUUGGGAGCAUCAAGAAACACCCCUCCUCUGACAUAAAAUUAACCAUUAAUGCAGAAGCCAUUUUGUGGCCUGGGAAAUUCAGCAAGGUUAUUGCAAUUAUUUAUUUAUUGCAUUUAUAUCCUUUCAGAAUUCAUGCCCAUGUCUAUUUCUAUGGAAACCUUGGAACCUUGGAAAUCUUCCAGACACACUGGAAGAUUCCGGAACACUUCUGUUAGCAUCUAUAAGCUUCUAUGGCUUCUGUAAGCUUCAGUGGCUUCUGAACAUCUGAAACGCCAUUAUAGCAGACAUAUGCCACCUUUUCUCAACGGAGCUCAACAUGCUAUAUAUGGUUUCCUGCCUCUUCAUUUUAUCCCCUCAACAACUCUGUGAAGUAGGACAGAUUGAGAGGAAGUGAAUGGCCCAAGGUCACCCAGGAAGAUUCAUGGCUGCAUGGGAAUUGGAACCUUAGUCACCUGGGUUCUUGUCCAUCCCUUUAACCACUCCACCACACUGGCUGCAGUUCCCUUGUGGUGACAUCUGCUAAGUUCGGAUAACCCUAAGAUGGCUCUUACCAGGGUGACCGCCACUUCCCAGAUGUCUGCAUCACUGCUGUUUUCCUUGUCCUCUUUGUUUUGCAUAGCAAUUCAGUUGGAGAGGGGCAAAGAGAGGAGAGGCUGUCUUUACACUUUUCCUUGUUUAUCCACUCAGAGGGGGAGAUGGAAAUGCAUCAAUGGGCCCAAAGUUGACAGGGGGGCCGUAGCUGCCAUGUGGGCUUUAACAGCUGCCCAGUAAUGCCGACUGCUUUUAAAAACACAGAAACACAUAUCAUAAUAUCAAACAGAAGCAAUAAAAGGAAAUAGAGAGUUUAAUUAGUUAACCUUUUCUAAAUCCCAUUAUGCUUUUUAAAGAUGAAACUUUAUGUCAGAAACAAGACAAUUUCUGCACAGAUCAACAAAAUUUAGAGGGGUCUCAUUCCUAUUUUUAAGCUUUCUAACCUGGCCUCAGAAUUCUAAAAAAAGAUUAUUAUUUGAUGUCUGCAAUUUAUGCUGAUCUCUGUUGAUGCUCCCUCUCCUUGUUUUUAGGUCGUGCCUCGUUCAAGAUGCACCGAAAGCUGUCGCCCUGGAUAUGCCAGAGUGGCUAAGGAAGGAGAGCCCGUUUGCUGCUAUGAUUGUGCUCCUUGUGCGGAAGGGACCAUCUCCAUUCAGGAAGGUGGGUGACUGAGUGCUCUAUGGGAUACAGCUGUGGGCAGCCGGAGGAUGCUGCUUCAUCCACCAUGGGGCCUGCUCAUAAAAAAGUAAACCUAGAGUGAAAAACCAGGGUGAGAUCAGCAGUUCGUAGGAACCUUCCUCUUUGCCAGAUUUUUGCGGAAGAGCUGUGUGGUUGUUUGGGAUUUCAGUGAGAGCACAGAGUUUGAGAGGGGAAGUGUGUCAGAAGGAUAGGGAGCGGAUACUCAUUUAUAUAUAUAAGUAAUCUUGUAUUUGGGACGCGGGUGGUGCUGUGGGUUAAACCACAGAGCCUAGGACUUGCCAAUCGGAAGGUCGGCGGUUCGAAUCCCCGGGUUGGGGUGAGCUCCCGUUGCUCGGUCCCUGCUCCUGCCAACCUAGCAGUUCGAAAGCACGUCAAAGUGCAAGUAGAUAAAUAGGUACCGCUCCGGAGGGAAGGUAAACGGCAUUUCCAUGCGCUGCUCUGGUUCACCAGAAGUGGCUUUGUCAUGCUGGCCACAUGACCCGGAAGCUGUCUGUGGACAAACGUCGGCUCCCUCGGCCAGUAAAGCGAGAUGAGCGCGCAACCCCAGAGUCGGUCAUGACUGGACCUAAUGGUCAGGGGUCCCUUUACCUUUACUAAUCUUGUAUUAUUGUAACAUUUUUAUACACAACUGAUUAUUGCUUAAGUUGUCAGCUGUUGCUUUAGUUUUCUGUGCACCACUUUUCAUGUUAAGUAGCCUAGAAUUGGAAGGAUAAAUGAAUGAAUGAAAUAAAAUCAAAACAUGUGCAAACUUUCCUUAUAGAAGGAGAACACUAUGUAAUCUUUUCUGUUUCUCCAACAUGGAAGCAAAUCUGAUGAUGCCUACAUGAUGCCUACAUCAGACUAAAAUGUUCAAAAAUGGCUUAAGAAUGCCAUUUUUAUUCUGUGCAGGAUAUAGUACUAUUCAAGCAAAUCCUGACAUAAGCCAGGGAAAUGUUGUCCCUCUCUGAUUUCCUGACCUCUCCCACUUUGUUGUAUUAUCCCAUUGUAUUGGAACACAGACAGUUAAGGAUGUGUGAGAUUUCUUAGUGAUACUGAAGUCAUUCUUCUUCUCUUCAGAUGCAAAGCAUUGCACCAAAUGCCCAGAAGAACAGCAUGCAAAUCAAGCAAGAGACAAAUGUGCCCCCAAGAUUAUAACAUUCCUCACUUAUGAAGAACCCUUGGGGAUCCUCCUGGUUUCCUUUGCUCUCUUCUUGUGCUUAACCGCUUGUGUUGUGCUAGGAAUCUUCAUUAAAUACAUGAAAACUCCCAUAGUCAAAGCUAACAAUCGAGACUUAUCCUAUAUCCUCCUUAUCUCCCUCCUGCUUUCCUUUUUGUCCUCCUUCCUCUUCAUCGGCCGGCCAAGCAAAGUGACCUGCCUUCUCCGACAAACAGUCUUCAGCAUCAUCUUCUCAGUUGCCGUCUCUUCUGUGUUGGCAAAAACCAUCACUGUGGUGCUGGCCUUCCUGGCCACAAAGCCAGGGAACAGGGUGAGGAAAUGGCUAGGGAAGAGUCUGGCCAACUCCAUUGUCCUUUCCUGUUCCAGUAUGCAGGUUGUCAUCUGCACCAUCUGGCUAGGAAUCUUUCCACCCUUCCCAGACUCCGACAUGCAGUCCCAAGCUAGAAAGAUCAUCCUUCUAUGCAAUGAAGGAUCUGUUGCCAUGUUUUACACUGCCCUUGGCUACAUGGGCUUCCUGGCAGCCAUUUGCUUCAUGGUUGCUUUCCUAGCCAGAAAGCUUCCCGGGUCCUUCAAUGAAGCCAAGCUGAUCACCUUCAGCAUGCUGGUCUUCUGCAGUGUUUGGGUGUCCUUUGUGCCUACCUACCUGAGCACAAAAGGGAAGUUCAUGGUAGCUGUUCAGGUCUUCUCUAUGUUGGCGUCCAGUGCUGGACUUCUGGGCUGCAUCUUCCUACCGAAGUGCUACAUUAUCAUACUCAGGCCUGAUCUGAACACAAAGGCACAUCUAACUACAAAAAGUGAAGGCGGUAGUAUCUGA